AUGGAUACUCUCGACAACACCGCCUGGGAUGUCCUGAUUGUAGGCACCGGCCUGCAGCAGUCUCUGCUCGCUUUAGCUUUAUCGCGGUCGGAUAAGAAGAUCCUACACAUCGACGAGAACGAGUAUUAUGGCGGCACCGAGGCGGCUUUCAGCUUGCAGGAAGCUGAAGAGUGGGCGAAGCGAGUGAACGAUGGUCAAGCUACUGCUGCCUUUGACAAGGUCACCAUCACCAAGCCCGAGCCUACCGAUGCUGAGAAUGCAAAAGGCAAGCUUGGCUUCUCGAGAGCGUACAGCUUGGCACUCAGCCCGCAGAUCAUAUAUGCAAGGUCGACGCUGCUCCAGCACCUUGUGUCGUCCCGCGUCUACCGCCAGCUGGAGUUCCUAGCUGUCGGCAGCUGGUGGGUGUACACACACGACAAGGCUUCACUCGGCGAUACCGCAACUGGAAAGCUUGUCAAGGUCCCGAACGGCCGCGAGGAUGUCUUCCAGGAUCACCAGCUCGACUUCAAGGCUAAGCGAGCGCUGAUGAAGUUCUUGCGCUUCAUCACCGAGUAUGAGGAGCAGGCGGAGGUCUGGGAGGACCGUCGUCACCAGCCUUUCCCACAAUUUCUGUCUGAGCACUUCAAAAUCCCAACUACACUGCAAGGGCCGCUGCUGGCACUUGCUCUGUCACAAUCGAACUCGUCGAACACCAGCACUGAGUACGCGCUUCCACGGAUUGCGACACACCUGCGGUCUAUUGGCGUCUUUGGCGCUGGCUUUGGUGCUGUCAUACCAAAAUGGGGUGGGCUUGCCGAGAUCAGCCAGGUCUCGUGCAGAGCUUGCGCCGUUGGCGGAGGUGUGUACGUCCUUGGAAAAGGCCUGACGGCUAACACCAACGCUGAAGCCACCCCGGGGGGCGACAUCAAGCUUAUUCUGAAAGACGGUGAAGCUGUGACUGCUAAGUGGGUCGUCUGUGGAAGCACAUCAUCCGCAGACGAAGACUCAUACUGCCGGUCAAUGACCAUCGUUGCAUCACCGCUCACACCCCUCUUCCCACCUAUUGCAGAGGAGGGGCCUGCACCAGCGUCUGCAAUCGUGGUCUUUCCAUCCGGGCCUCUUUCAUUAGAUGAUUCUGAUGAGAAGCUGCCACCAGUCCAUAUCUUCGUCCACUCUAGCGACACGGGCGAAUGCCCGUCCGGUCAAAGCAUACUCUACGCAUCAACCUCACUCAGCUCUGAUAAGGGCUUCGAGCUGCUUAGGCAGGCUGUCGAUGCACUGCUUACUUCUGUUGAAUUCUCGCCCAAACCGGAUGUGCUGUGGUCGGUUCAGUACCAGCAGCAUGCCUCUUCCGGCUUUGAGGCAUUAGUAGCAAACACCGAGCAUGUACUCAAAUUUCCAUUCCCGUCGAUGAAUCUUGCGUUCGAUGACACGAUCUUCGACGGUGUGAAGGAAGUAUGGCGGAAGAUUGUAGGUGAAGAUAGCGGGGACUUUCUCGUAUUCCAGGAUAGGGAGCAAUACGAUGACGACGAGUGA